GCCUCGAUGCUAUCAUGUUUGGGGACCAGCAGGUUUAAAACAAGCUCUUGCAAAAGUAAAAACGGGUUUCCUUUUUCGUGUAGUUUUGUCUUGUGGUAGAUUAAGCUUUGCAAGGAGAUUUCUAGUGCUCUUUUUUAAGAAUUUUUUAUCCUUUUAACUUAGAAUUUUGCGGUCAAGAUGGAUUCAAGGAAUUACUUCGGGUAUCAGCUUAUUGUCUUAAAGUUUGAUAUCGUUAGGUUUAGUUAUCUUUGUCCCUGGUCAAUUUGCAUGCUUUUUCCUGAAUAUCAACUCCUUCUAUUAUUUCCAGUUCUCAACAAUUGCUAUUCAGAGUGCUAUUUUGAGUUAUCAGUGCUUUUCGUCAACAUUUGAUGAGGAAAAGGUGGGAUAUCACAUAAGUGAGAGUCUCCCUGUAUUCCCUUUGAAAAAACAAACAAUGUGCCUGUGUUUCCGUUGAAACAUAAAAAGAGUUUCCUUUUUGCCCUCAAACUAGCUAUAAUGUUCCCAUGUUCCUGGUGGAAAAUUGAAGUUGUUCCCGUGUUCCUGCUUGUUCCCGUGUUCCUGCUUGUUCCCUUGUUCCUGCUUGUUCCCGUGUUCCUGCUUGUUCCCGUGUUCCUGCUUGUUCCCGUGUUCCUGCUUGUUCCCUUGUUUCUGAAAACCCCUGAGAGACCCACACUAGUCAGAUCAGUAAAGCGGUGUUUGCCAGUUGCUUGGAAGGUGUAUGCACAACAUUUUCGUGAGACAAACCAGAACACCGCCUGUGAAGAUUCUGCUUUGUUUGAAACGGUAAAUCAUUUUAGCAAAACCAGAUUUAUUUGGUGCAAGAUUCCUAGCUACAAUGAACCCUCUUGUUGGCACACUUAUCUAGAUCACCAAACCACAAUUACUUCAGUAGUGUUAUUAAAAAAAUUUUCAUUGAUUGUCUCAAAGUAAUAAGGGGUUCAAGGUAAAGAACCGCCACAGAAAAUUGUGCACAUGGACAAAAGAAAGUUAUUGUAAACUUGAAAUUGUUAUAAUAAACCGCUGGGAAACUUGAUUCUUCUAUUAAUCAUGAAUGAAAUGUCUUCAUCGGAAGUUUUUUGGGAGCAAUGUUUCUGAUACGUAUGUUUCGAGAUUUUAGAGAGAAUAUAAAGUAAAAUAAAAACUGUCACGUUCGGAAACAUCAAAAGUAAGAACAAUAAAUGUAAGAAACAAAGGUAACAAACAAGGGGUAAAUUGUAAGCUAGUAAUAACUAGAAAUUAACAGAUACGAAAAAAGACGACCUAAGAAACCGGUCGGUUUCAGGCGCUUUGCAGCCUGUGCUCCAGACCCCUAACUUCAAAGUAGAAUUAGGGGUCUGGGACACGGGCUAGUUCUUUGUUGAAUACAGUAUGCAAUAGACCGUAUCAAUUAGACGCAAAAAGUACUUUUUAAUGUCAGUGUGAAUACAGUCUUUGGACAUAAGAGCUGUUGAUGUAGAUCUGGGUCUUGCUCCUUAUCGAUGUGGUCGUCAUCCGAACCACAAAAGCCCAAAGGUUAUCCUAUUGACUGAAAAUCUGUGUAUAAUUGAUGUAUUGUGCAGACUUUAGUAAAAAUUAAACCCAAAAAGUGUAACUUAUUUGACUGUUUACACGUUGAAAGGCUUUCUGGAUUUGUGCUGACCCGCGUUACGUCAUUUUUGCAGAUAAAAGUGCCAUAUAUGAUACAGUUUAGAAUUAACAAUCUUUGACGCCAACGGAGUCCUAGGUUCUCAAGUUACUCCCAAUGUAAACCUUGAUGAUACGAUGAUGUAAAUGGUCUUUUGAACAAACGUUUUCCUCGUACCUCUUUUGGGAAAGUAAAUAGUGUUAGCAUUAGUGGCAAUGCCUUGCUUAACCGUAGGGCGCAGCGAGACAAAUUUUAAAUUGUAAUUUAUAUCCGCUGAUCUAUAAAAAACACUGGAUCGAGCUUCUAUUGUGAUCAGAGUGUCGCCAUCCGAGACGAGGGCCCAAGAACAGCCCAUCCAAGGAGGCGGCCUUCACUCUCACUGUUUUGUUCAGCAAUCAUACACACAGCAUUGCAGCUCUCGCGUAUUCAUAUCGUUGUAACCCGCGGCUUCCCGCUAUUGUUUGGGGCUUUAAACUUUGGUGUUUCAAGAAAAUAGGAAGCUCGAUCCAUUUUUUUUAUAGAUCAGUGUUUAUAUCCUUGGAAUGAAUUGAUGAAGAAAGGAAUAGAAUGAAAAUAAUUUUCCUCGUUAUGGGGGCAGCCCGGGUUCAUUUUCCUCACCCUGUUUGGACUCGAGUUGUUCGAUAGUUGUAACCCGCGGAGAGAGAGGGGACAACAACAUUCAGGGAAGGGACAAUAAUUUUUAAUACACCGUUGCCCUAUGGAUUUUCUUUGGCCUCUCCCUUUAAUAAUUAGUUAAUAAUUAUCACACAGUGAUAUUUGGCUUUGAAUAACAUCACAACAGAUCACAUACCAAGCAAGCUAUUUGAACUCAGUUUGAGGGGUUGCCACGAUCACAACCCUUACAUUCUUUGUUAUUGAAUUGCAUUAAAUUUAAGAAUACAGUCCAGGCAAUGCGUAACCAGAGGGAAUGCGAGGGUGUGGCUGCACCUGGUCGAUAAAUUAAUGGAUCCUUUAAGUCGAAUGCAUAAUGAAAUUCUGUAAGACCUUGAAAUAUGAACCAGUGCCUAUUCUAGAAUGUUCUUUCUUUCUACUAAAAUCUAAUUAUGAAAAGUUAAGAAAAACGUCGCUUAAAAGCCCAUGAUUACAGCGACAUAGUUGCAAGAUAUGCUGGGGUACGAUCGCACACUAGGCUCACCUUUCUUUCCCUGCUUUCCUUUUUGUUCGAAAUUUCAUCAGUCAUUUUCUGCAGUUCCUCUUAAUCUCCGCAGCAGUUUCUCAGUAAAAAUUAUGUCUCUCCGCCCCUGUACUGACACUUUAAGUGCCACGAAAUGGAUAUGAAAACACAAAUUUUUUGAUAAAAUUUUUUUGGCCAAACAGCGGUUCAGACCAAAGCUUUUUUUACCAGUUCACUUCUCCUCAUACCUUAUCAAACAAAUCCAUGUAACGCAGACGUAAACGCAGACGUAAACUAGGUGACGUAUACUGUAUUUCUAAUAUUUUGAUAAAUUGGAUUCGGAUAUUCAUAAUUCCUGACUUCAUUAACUUUUUUCCUGUCGAAUGGCAGAAAUUUUGUUCAUCAAGUUAAGUCCAAUUUUGUUGCCACGAUACACUACAAAUUGCAUCACGGAUAAAGUCCCUAACCCAGUCUGUCUUCUCAACUCUUGGGUUUUCUGUUUCGAUGACAAAUUUAAGUAGAUUGAAUACUAUGAAUAUCGAGAUGAUAUUUUUCCGUGUCGAACAUUGAAAAAAUAUAGGCCAAGAGUAGGCUGAUUCACGCUAUUUUCAUGGGGUUUUCAUCAAUCUUUUCGUUAAAGCGGAAAGUUCAAAAAAGAAAAAGGAAAUUGGUUGGUUGAAAAAGAAAAAGGAUUUAUUACUAAGCCAUAUAAGCAAAUCCUGUUCAGGUUUAAUACAAACGAAGUAAAAUUCAUUAGAUGUUUCUUUCCAGCCGGAGUCGUCUCUUAAAAUUUUUAGCAUUAAUGAAAUUCCUUGGAACAAUAACAUAGAUGAUUGAAAUUAUUGGUGUAAAAUGUUUGCCAGUUUAGCAGAUCUGUCAAUCACCCUGGCACAUUGUUUGAGUUUGACUUGUGUUAACCAAAAUUGGGCAGUGGCGCAGAGGCAGGACCAACGUUUGUUUGCUUCGUGACUCAUAAGGUGUCGCUACUGAAUCACGCUGCAGCAAAGACCAUUAACAAAAUAAAGCUAAGCCAAUUCAUCUGUUUUCAUCCGGGCUGGUGAUGCUAUAUUGGAGCACAGAACAGAGGCUUAACGCUCGGAUCAGUCAGACUAUUCAAUGCAAAUUGUAUCCGCUUGGUUGAAUUUCCUUUUAAAUAUUACGAUUUGAUAUCUCGUGUCGUGUCGACUUUCGUUGUUCCCCUACCAUUGCGUUGAUUGUUGUCACCCAGUUCAGACGCACUACACUGCUUCGACUAGCCACAGACGAUCUUGUUGUACAUUUGGAUGAAUCUUGAAUUUGAAGUUCAAUGAUCAUGGAUCGUGGUUCUGCACGGCGCAGCAAUUAUAUAUUUGAAUAUCGAAUUACGGUUCUCGGAAGUUCCCGUGUUGGUAAAACAUCUCUGAUAAAACGAUUCACAGAAAACGAGUUCUCAGAGAAGCACGAGCCCACCAUCGAAGACCAUUUCCAGCACGUUUUUGACCAUGGUGGUUCUACAUGUGUCUGUUUACUAAUCGAUACGUCUGGUACUUUUGAGUUUCCAGCAAUGAAGAAUUGGUCCAUUUCUAAAGCAAAUGCCUUUGUUGUUGUUUAUUCGAUUGAUGACAAAAAAUCUUUUGCCAUGGCCAAACUCUUGGUUGAUGAUAUCAAGAAUGUUAAAUGUGACGGCAGCGAAAUCAAAAUUGUUCUAAUUGGAAACAAAAUGGAACUUGAGAGCACACGCAAUGUGUCAAAGGAAGAUGGGUUUGAUUUUGCUAAAAGCGUAAGCCAUGGACACGUUACUUGUGAGUUUGUGGAAAGCUCGGCAAAGGAGAACAGGGAUGUAUCUAAAGCUUUCCACUCACUGUUUGAUAUGUUUCUUGUGGACCAGUCGAUGGACGAAGCAUUGUUGAAUGGAUCACCAACAGAAAAGAGGAGUGGUAGUUUUUCACGGACAUUAAGCUUACGAAAAUCACGCAAAAAUCGAAAAUCAAAAUCUCACGAUAAAAACGCUAAUAAACGAAUGAUCACUAGACGAAGUGACGAGAAUCUGUUGGACAUUGACAAAAGCUACCAUCCAAGACCGAGGGCGUACUCUCUCGAUGCGGACACGCUGGUUUUAGAUUCGAGUGGCUCAGAAUCAGAUAGCAGGCCGUCUUCUCCUGAGGUUGCUCUAGAGAAACAAGAAGAACCCGAGGACUUGAAACGAUUUCGACGACAAAGUUCUGCGAAAGAACUGCUGAGACGCACCACAUCAGCGUGCAAGGAAAAACUCGACCAGGCGAAAAAGAAGUUAAGUCGGAACCACAAACUGUCAAAAGAUGGCUUUCCAUCUCUAUGACCAGAAUUUUAUACUUUUAGAUAAUGCUUUGAUAGAGAAUGACGUGCUGUUUAUUUGCAGUUAACACAAUAAAACGUUCUAUUUCAACCGAUAAUCUGUACAGCUUGGCGAUCGUCUUUGUAAUAUAUUGUGACUUUUUGUAAAGUACUCGUUAAAAUGCAAAUUAAGAUGAAAUUAUCAUUAGAGACAAAA